GAACAUGUGUUCUCUUCAAACAGCUGAUGAUUAAAGCUGUUACGCGACGACCAAUAGGACAAGUGGCGGAAUUUGUUAAAAUUAUUGAUUUAUUAAUAUAAUAAAAUGCUGCGUACAUUAAUAACCGGUGCGCUUCGCAGUGUUUGCCGCACAACACCGGCUCUCCAACUUCCACAUCGAGCUAGUUUUAGCCAAUUGAUAAGUUCACGAAGCUUAGAACUCAAAUCAACUCUAUUGCCUGCCACAUCGCUUACCCCCAAGGCAAUGCUAAUACAGCUGCCAACGCUCGUUCCAUCCCGUAAUGUUACUAAGUUCUCCCUCAUCAAGGGCAAACGUAAGACUGUUAAGGCGGUUCUGAAGCGCUUCAAGCGUCUGGACUGGGGUGCUUGGAUCCGCACACACUCUGGGCGCAACAAGAAGUUGUUCAAAAAGUCUUCAGCUCUUAAACGCCGGUUACGGCAACAUGUCUUUACCAAUGCAACACAGAGCUGGCUUCUGGACAAGAUGGUCACGAGCUAUUGGCGCAGGCCAAAGCCCUACAUCAACGAUCCCUAUGCGCCGUACCACCGCCGCGACGAAUACUUUGCCACCAAAUCGAAAGUAUUUAAAGUAUAACUCUUUUUAUUUUGGUUAAAUGCACUACGGUCGUUUCAUAUGUGAAUAAAAUUAUUUAACAAUUCA